AUGGAGGCCGCGUUGUUCUCUCUCGUGCGCCAGGGUAUCAAAGGCCGUAAUGCAGAAGAACUUCUCAUAAGCACCCUCGAAGCUGUGUUUGAUGCGGAGCUCAAAAGGGGGCCUUUCAGAAAAGCUUCUUCGUAUCGAUCUUUGCCCUUGCUGUCGUCCUACCUCGAAGCACUUCCUUACAUCUUGGCUCGUAUUUCCAUUGUACAGGACCUAGUUGCACACACGAACAAGUGGGUAUGCGACUGGGAAAUUGACCUUGUUCGUACUUUGCUUCACAUCUCGAAGAACUUCCCCGCGGACUUGCCUCAGGACAUGGACAAAAUCAUUGGAGUCCUUACAGAGCUCCUUUGA